AUGACCAUCCUCGACAUCGACAGGGAUCUGGCAGCGAGCUUCCGGCAACAGGCCAUUGCAACACCUGAUGCAAUUGCCCUGGAAGACAAGUCGCACACCUACACUUAUGCCGAGCUGGACGAGGUCACGUCAAAGCUCGCCAGCUCGUUACGGAAUCAUGGAGUUGGCCGAGAUGACCCAGUCGGCGUCCUGAUGGGGAGGAGUGCCGACUAUGUCAUCGCAUGCCUGGCAGCUCUCCGAGCGGGCGGGGCGUUUCUCGUCCUAGAGCUCGCCUACCCUCCGGCGAUGCUCUCGGGUGUCAUAGACGACGCCCGGCCCAGAGUCAUUGUGACAAAACGAGAACAUGUCGGCAGAAUUGAAGCUGAUGUCCCAUUGAUCGUCAUGGACGAGCAGGGAGUCGGCAGCAAUGAGUCGAACUCCAGCAGCAACAACUCCAUAGACGAGAACGAUCUCGAGAAAUUAGCCUUCAUAUCCUACUCGUCAGGCACUACGGGAAAACCCAAGGGCAUCGCAAAUCCACACAGAGGUGCUGUCCGGUCGUAUGAUUUGAGAUUCAAACUCAGCGACCUGAAGCAGGGCGAUCGAGUUGCUUGCAACGUCUUCUUCGUCUGGGAGAUACUACGCCCUCUGCUUCGGGGAGCCACCACUUUCUGCAUACCGGACGAGGCGAGUUAUGAUCCUGUCGCCUUGGUGGACUUGCUCUCUUCGAAAAACAUCACCGAGACCUUGAUGACUCCAACCUUGCUUGCAACUGUUCUGUCUCGACAUGCGAGGCUGGGAGAACGGUUGCCUGACCUGAAGACUCUCUGGUUAAAUGGCGAGGUCGUUACCACUGACCUGAUACUCCGGGCCAUGAAAGCUCUUCCUAAUACGCGCCUGCUGAAUUGCUACAGCGCAAGUGAGACGCAUGAGAUCGCCUGUGGCGACAUCAAGGAGAUGUUGAACGCUGAGCAGCCGUAUUGCCCCGUCGGACCGCCUCUAGACCCAAAGCACACCUACGUCUUGGACGAGAACAAGAACCCGGUCAACGUUGGGGUUUCUGGAGAAUUGUUCAUUGGAGGCGGUCUGCUGGCCCGUGGAUAUCUGAAUUUACCCGAGACAACGGCGAAGGCCUUCCUGCCAGACCCGUUCGAUGAUACCCCCGGAGCUCGCAUGUACGCAACCGGCGAUAUGGCCAAGAUUCUUCCUUCUGGCCUUAUGGAGAUCACCGGUCGUGUCGGUGCCAUGAUCAAGCUCCGUGGCUACAGCGUGGUUCCUGGCACCGUCGAGAACGCCAUUGUGAAGAACCUGGCCGUGAAGCAGUGUGCCGUUGUGCCUCGAGGCGACGGAGUGGAACGUCAACUGGUCGCCUAUAUUGUGCACGAUAAGGAGGCAAAUGACGACCGAGAUCAUGUGUCGAUCGACGAGGCCGGCUACUGCCCCAAGGGCCGCCGAGCGCUUGCUGAGCACCUGGCACAUUAUAUGAUACCGGCUCUUUGGGUGGAGCUUGAUGUGCUUCCGACACACGAAGUAUCUGGCAAGGUGGACCUUAAGAGCCUGCCGCCGCCCCCAGAGCCAGGCGCCCCUUCGCCACAAGUCAAGGCCAAAGCCGAAACCAACACGAAGAUCAGGGCCGAACAGAUCGCGGAGCUGUGGGCUGCCUGCUUGAACAUACCGCCGAGCGCUAUCACCAAGGAGCACAGCUUCUUCGAUCUUGGUGGCCACUCCCUCACCCUCGCAGAUCUCUCCAACCGCCUGACUAAAACGUUCGGUUUUCGUGUGCCCCUUGGAUCCCUGGCCGGCGACCCAACCAUUAAGGGUCAUGUUGAGGCCGUUACCGCAGCUCGCGACGGCCACACAGCAGCUGUUCAGGCUGAUCUGCCCGCGGUCUUGCGCGCUGAUUCUGUUCUGGCUGCUGACAUCCAGCCCAAGAAUGCAAGAACACUCCCUCUCAGCCAGGCAAAGACUGUUCUGUUGACAGGCGUGACUGGCUUCCUGGGUGCUUUCCUGUUGAGCUCACUCAUCGAAAGCACCGAGGCAGACAUUGUCUGUAUCGUGCGUUUCAAUGACCCUAUCGACGACCAGACCUCUGCCGGGAUGGCACGGCUGCGGAAGAACCUCACAGAGUUAGGCCUGUGGGACGACUCUAUUAUCGACCGCGUUGAGAUCCUCCCGGCCAACCUGUCCAGGAAACGCUUGGGACUGGCACCUGACCAGUUUGAGGAACUGGCUUCCCGUAUUGAUGUUGUGAUCCACGCAGCGGCAACUGUAAACCUCGUGUACCCGUAUGCCGCAUUGCGUGCGCCGAAUGUGGGCGGCACCCGCGAGAUAUUACGUCUGGCCUGUCUCGCUGGAGCACCUGUUCAUCACGUCUCGACCAAUGGUGUCUUGCCGCCUUCCCGAGAGGGCUGGUCGGAAGAUACUAUCAUCGACGUUGACGAGGUCCCAGUGCGCUUGCACGAUGGCUACAGCCAAACCAAGUGGGUUGCAGAGCAGCUGGUCAUCGAAGCCAACCGCAGAGGUCUGCCCACUCGAAUCUACCGUCCAGGGACCAUCAGCGGCCACAGCAAGUCCGGCGCUACCAAUGCGUGGGAUCUCUUGACAGCCAUGAUUGUUGAGUCUAUGCAGAUUGGGUAUGCUCCAGACAUUGAGGACUGGCUCGUGGAGAUGACUCCUGUAGACUUCGUAAGCAAGGCCAUCACGACGCUGGCGGAUCACCAAGACAUGACGCAGCGCAUCUUCCACCUGGGAGAUCCCGCGCCUAUCUGUGCCAAUGACGUAUUUAGCUAUCUCGACCAAUUAGGCUUCGGCACGGAGAAGCUUGCCUUUGAAAAGUGGGCUGCGCUGUGGAAGCAGAAGAGGGGCUCCGGGCGCUGGGGCGAGGGAUCUUUCACGGUCGACAUCCUGCGCUCUGGCAUGCCCACCGCCGAUUACGUCCGGGAGGUCACAGUUCUGAACGAUUCCAAGACCAGGCCUAUCCUGGAAGACGUGUUUGGCGUCCAGCGGCCCAAGAUCGACGACAAACUACUUCGGACGUACACGAGACACUUCUACGCCCGCGGCUGGCUUCCCCGUCCCCCUCGCAAGGCAGACAAGAUGGCCACACAAGUCAAACCCCGCGGACCCCUAGCCGGCAAGGUCGCCGUCAUCACGGGUGCGUCUUCUGGUAUCGGCGCCGCAGUGGCUACUGCAUUGGCCGCAGAGGGUGCAGACGUUGCCAUCGCAGCAAGGCGGGUGCAGGCUCUGGACUCUCUCAAGUCCAAGAUCACCUCAACAUCAGGCGUGAAGGUCCUGGCCCAGGCAACGGACGUCACAGACCGAAGUCAAGUCGAGGCUCUCAUCAGGACCACCGAGGAGGCGCUUGGUCCCGUCGACAUACUGGUAGCAUGUGCGGGUGUCAUGUACUUCACCCUCAUGAAGAACGUUCAUGUCGACGAGUGGGAGCGCACAGUCGACGUGAACUGCAAGGGCCUCCUCCACAGCCUCUCGUCCACGGUCCCGUCGAUGCUGGCCCGCGGCAAGGGUCACAUUGUCGCCAUCAGCUCGGACGCAGGACGCAAGGUCUUCCCCGGCCUGGGGAUAUACUCUGCGUCCAAGUUCUUCGUCGAGGGCACGCUGCAGGCACUGCGUGUCGAGACCGCCGGCACAGGGCUGAGGGUCACCAGCGUCCAGCCGGGCAAUGUCGCCACGGAGCUGCUGAGCAUGUCGACGGACCAGGAAGCCGUCAAGAAGUAUGGCGAGCCGUCUGGGGCCAAGGUGCUGGAUGCCGAGGACGUCGCCGGGGCCAUCGUGUAUGCUGUCACGAGGCCGGAGCAUGUGGCUGUCAAUGAGGUGUUGAUCGAGCCGAGGGAUGAGCCGAUCUAAUGACGGGAUGAGAGACGAGGUAUAUGCAGACAAGACCAAAACAAAACAAGGGCAGGAUUAGAGACAUUAGAUUGCAGAUAUGCAGCAGUGCAUGGCACACGUGAAUACAUUGGUAUUAUUCUCUCUCUCUCCU